CAACUUUCCAUUUACAUAUACUCCGUCUACAUCCACACACAAGUUUUGAAAACUGCAAAGUUUAUAAACAUGAGGCUUCACCAUUUCCAUGUGGCUUACUUGGACAAAGCGGCCUCGCCGUCGUCGUCUCCACCAUCCAUCUCCCAGUCUCUCAGCUCAUCUGCCAUCCCCUUGGCCCUGCAAUGCUUGCGCCCACUUGCGCCGAAGAUCUCGUUCCCUGAGGCGAGGAAGAUGGUCGUCCUUCCCGAGUUUUCCCGCGUCAGAAAUGCUUCGAGGCUGCUCAACUGCACGGUGCAAGUGCCGACGGGUGGCACGACACGAUGGAACCCGUCGCCAGAUCAGAUAAAGGUGCUGGAGAUGCUGUACCGCGGCGGGAUGCGCACGCCCAACUCGUUCCAGAUCGAGCAGAUCACGGAGGAGCUCGGCAAGUAUGGCCGGAUCGAGGGCAAGAACGUGUUCUACUGGUUCCAGAACCACAAGGCCCGCGAGCGGCAGAAGCAGAAGCGCGCAGCUCUCCUUACCCUCAGCACCACUUCAUCUCUACCAUCACCUGAAACCAAAGUUGGAGUAGGGAAGGAGGAGGAAGCAUCAUGUGAAGAUGCAUCCAGCCGCAAGCGGAGGUGCAGGACCUGGGGUGACGACGUCCAUGGCGAUGCCGCGCCGGCGACGGAGGUAGUAGCCGACUGCACGGACGAUGUGACCCUGGAGCUCUUCCCGUUGCGUCCUGAUCAGGGGAAAUCAAAGCUAAUUAACUAACAGGCCUCGCGUAUAUGCAAGCAAGCUCGAUCGAUGUGUCUUCUUGCAAGAUGCAUGAACGGUCUCCUGGAUUGGUUUGUUCGUCGUGAAAACUCUAGUCGUCGCAUCCACGUGCGCUUUGUAUUCUAGUAUGGACAUGCUUGGAUUGCUUAAACCUGCGUAUCCUUUGUUGUCA